UAGAGUCUUUAAAAUAGUAUAAACACAUUGAGGGACCAUAGUUUGUUUUAUUUUGCAAAAGAAGAAACUGUGUUGAGAACCUUUGCCUCUAUAUAAUUUUUGCUAGUUCUAAAAGUAUUAUUAAGAGUGGUAUAUACUAUAAAAGUGUUAAAGGCCUAAAGGAUUUUAUAAACGAUAUAAAAAAAUGUGUAUAAUGGUGGGAGGGUAUGCAUGAGCAACAGCGUACCACAAGGACGCUGCUAGUCAAACAUCCAAGAAAUUUCCUUGAAGCAUUUGCUCAAAUACUUCUCUUAAACUGCAAUUCGGAUAUCCAUUCCCUCAUGAGAAGACAUCAAAUCGAACGUAACUGGGAAAUCUUUUCUCACUAAAAAAUGGCGCCAGAGUGUGCAAGUACAACCUUGUUACGGUCCGAUUAAGGCCCAGGCGGCGAGAGGCCACCAAAUGUCAAUAUGAGUUUUAAUAUGGUGUUAAUUCGUAAUUACCGAAAACCGCUUACAAUUUAUGGAAGGAUAAUAUAUUGAGCCUUUUGACUGCGUUUUGGUUUUCAAGUAUAACUUGAGUUUUUCACAAAUGGCUUUAAACACAGAUACAAACUACCAGUCCUUAAAUGAGGGCAAUCCUUUCAGAAAGGAAUGUGAAGAAUUCCACAUGCAAGACCAUGAUGAUACUCCUGGAGAUAGCGCAAUCAUGAUUCAUGUGGUUCCCGAGACAAAUAAAGCCCGUUGGAAUCAUAUCGAAGAUUUGGAUUCAUUUUUUACCCGGAUGUACAACUACCAUCAAAAUCAUGGAUUCUCUGUAAUAGUUUUGGAUGAGACUCUUCAACUUUUUCAAUUUGGCUUCGUUGUUUGGUUAUUGACAUUCACAAUAUAUUGCAUCGAUCAUCCUGUAUUAUUUGGAAACGAAGCACCACUAAGCAACCACUCUAAAGUUACCUUAAAAGAUGUCGUUAUUCCAACGCGGCAAUGCAUAGCUAAUUUUAACGGUGCUACAUAUCUAUUGCUCCUUCUAGCAAUAAUGUUUUUCAUAGUCCGCUUUCUCCGAGUUCUCUAUUUGAUAACACAGUACUUGGAUAUGAAGAAAUUUUAUCAAAGCGCUCUACAUAUAGAAGACAAAGAAAUAGACAAUACUACAUGGCACGAAGUAAAAAUGAAGAUUAGAGAAGUUCAGUCCGAACAGCAUAUGUGUAUUGAUAAAGAGCAAAUAACUGAAUUGGAUAUAUAUCAUCGAAUUUUGAGAUUUAAAAAUUUUUUAGUUGCCCUCAUGAACAAAAACCUUUUACCAGUGAAAUUUAAUGUACCAUUGUUUGGAGAAUGUGUAACAUUAAGCAAAGGCCUUUUGUUUAAUAUAGAAGUUAUACUAUUCAGAGGGCCCGGUUCGCCAUUUCAAAAUAACUGGCAGUUGCGAGAUGAUUUCAAUUUCCGUAGUAACCAAGUCGAAUUAGCUCAACGAUUAUCAAGACUUAUUAUUUGGGUAGCUAUUGCUAAUUUAAUAUUAGCUCCAGUGAUUUUUGUGUGGCAGUGUUUGUAUUUCUCAUUCUCAUAUAUAAAUAUUUUGCGAAAGGAGCCAGGAACAUUGGGAAUGCGAACCUGGUCCAAUUAUGGACGCUUGUAUUUACGUCAUUUUAACGAAUUAGAUCAUGAGUUGGAUGCACGCUUAAAUCGCGCAUAUGAAUAUGCUGACAGAUACCUGAGCUCAUUCUCUUCUCCUUUGAUGACGGUCAUUGCCAAGAAUAUACUAUUUCUAAGUGGCGGAAUAUUAGCACUAUUAUUAACACUUGGUAUAUACGAUGAAUUCGUUUUCCAAGUCGAACACGUAAUAACUAUUAUCACAAUUCUCGGCUUGAUCGGAUUCAUGUGUCGAACUUUGAUACCAGAUGAAAAUUUGAUAUGGUGUCCCGAACAAUUAAUGACCGCUAUAUUAGCACACGUUCACUAUUUACCAUCUCAUUGGAAAAAUAAGGCUCACACGGCUGAUGUGAGAAAAGAAUUGGAAAACAUUUUUCAAUAUAAGGCUAAUUAUAUGCUAAAUGAGAUUUUUAGCCCACUUAUAACCCCAUUUAUACUACUCUUUGUAUUCCGACCAAAAGCAUUGGAACUUGUAAAAUUCUUUAGAAGUUUCACAGUUAGUGUAAAGGGAGUCGGCAACGUGUGCUCAUUUGCUCAAAUGGACGUUCGUAAACAUGGUAACCCAGAUUGGCAACUUCCUAAGAAAAAUAACAAACAAAAAAUACGAGUAGAACAUGAUAUUUCUACCAAGAGCGAAGCCGAAAAUGGAAAAAUAGAACUUUCAUUAAUCCGAUUCACUUUAACCAAUCCAGAAUGGAAAGCCCCACCUGAUGCCGUUAAUUUUUUAAACGAUAUUAGAGAGCAUGCUGCUGAGGAGCUAAAGAAUGACAUGAUCAUCGAUUCUGAAACCAAACCAAAUCCUAUAACUGAAAGUUUAAUAUCAUUCGGAACAAUCGAUGAGUAUUCAUCUUUGGCAACAUCAGUGUUUAAUGCCCACAAUGUUCAAAGAGCUGAACUUUUGACUUCAUCAUUAAAACAGUCUAUGUAUCAAUCUAGAUGUCUAGACAAAUCAGCACAUCCUAUACAAACUCUCCCCCAAACAAGCGGUUUUGAGCAAAUGCUUCAGCGAAGCCUUGGCGAGCAAGACGGCAGUAUUCUAAGAUUACAGACUUCCUCUCGGGAUAAUAUGCGCAAAAUGCGUAUAAAUAAAGUAGAAGGUCGAUUGGAAGGACCUUCUGAAGCUCUUCUAUAUAACUUAUAUGGAAUAGACACCAAAGUAUCGAAUCCAAUUGACAUCACAGUGGCAGACAUGUGCCUAAGUACCUUGUACUUACAUAAUUUACAUAAAAAUAAUACUGAACCCAACUCAAAAAAUACGAUGGACCGAGAUGCAGAACCUAGUACUUCAAAAACGACAAUUAUAGUUUCAAAAGCUGCCGAAGAUACCCCGCUUCUUUGCAACGUGCGUUCAUAG